AGAAGGUUCCAAAAAUAAAUCUGCUUCCGAAGCGCAUUCACAGUAAGCUCCGCCUGCAUCUCUUACCCCAUGUCUUCUUAGCUCGAGCGAUCGAAUGGCAUGGCCCCGUCGUCUUUGAAAUCCAUCUCCAGGCCUGCUAUUCUCCUUUUCUCUUUCGCCGCUCUCCUCGUCCUUCUCAUUCCCUUCUUCUCCUACUCCUCAGAUCCCACCCACCGCCGCCGGCUCGUCUCGUCUUCCACAAACCCUACUCCGCCGCCUUGCUCAGCCAUCCUCCGCCUCCCUCCGGAUGAACGCUGCGCCUUCUCCCGUUCCCACUGCUACCCCUCCGGCGGCCUCGUCAACUACUCCUCCCUCCAUUUCUGUCUUCUCCAUUCAUCCCCUCUCCUCUCCUUCCCCUCGCUCUCUCUCCUCCUCAUCCUUCUCUUCUACCUCCUUGCCCGCACCGCUUCGGAUCACUUCUCUCCCGCUGUCUCCCUCAUCUCCUCUCGUCUCCUUCUCUCCCCUUCAAUGGCGGCUGUAACUCUCCUUGCCCUCGGAAAUGGCGCCCCUGACCUCUUCGCAUCGAUUUCCGCUCUCCAUACCGGUCAGGCCCGGACCGGCCUUGCGGCUGUAGUCUCCGCCGGCGCAUUUGUCUCUGCCUUCGUCGUCGGUGCCGUAGCCGUCCUCUGCCCCACUUCCCCCUUCCCCCUUGAACCAUCGCCCUUCAUCCGCGACGUGUUCUUCUAUCUUCUCGCCGCCUCCGCCAUGUUCUACAUCUACCUCAGCGCCGAGAUCUUCCUCUGGCAGGCCAUGGGGUUCGUUUUCUUCUAUAUCUUCUUUGUUGGGCUUGUUUUUUGGAUGGAUUCCAACAUCGACAGAAGGGAAGGGGUGGAGCAUGAGAUGAUUAAGCUGCCAGAAUGGGAUUUGAAGGAGGCCGUGGCAAAUAGGGAGGCAUGCAAAACAAACGAGUCUGGCUGGGGAUUUUGUCAACUGAUAAGGAACAUCCCUCGACUGUGGCAAGUUCCUGCCACAACUCUUUUAAAGCUUACCAUACCAUCACCAUCAGGAGAAUGGAGCAGAUUUCAAGCCGCCGCCAACAUAGCCUUGUGCCCCAGUUUACUUCUUUAUUAUUUUAGCUCCUUCAUUACCAUGGACAGGCGGCUUGUGUUCAUCAUUCCUCACUAUAAUUUCCCCCUCUGGUCCAUUGUUCUCUUCAUUAGCAUCUGCCUUGCAAUCUCCCACUUCAUUCUUGAGAAUGAACCUCCAGAAACCGAACGGACAGCCACAGCAAUUGCUGCAUUUGUGAUGAGUGUUGUCUGGAUCUCAACACUGGCAGGAGAACUGUUGAACUGUUUAUCAGCAAUAGGUACAAUUAUGAACCUUCCACCUGCAAUCCUUGGUUUGACAGUGCUGGCAUGGGGAAAUUCAGUUGGUGACCUUGUUGCUGAUGUAGCGCUGGCACGGGCUGGGCACCCGGCAACCGCCAUUGCCGGAUGCUUCGUAGGUCCCAUGUUCAACAUGCUUGUGGGGCUCGGCUCGGCGCUUGUGAUGGAGACUGCAAAUUUGUACCCUGAGGCUUACAAGCUCCAGUUCCAUGUUAGCAUUGUGGUUGCAUUUGUGUUCCUUCUACUAAGCCUCAUGAGCUCCCUUUUAGUUGUCACCUGGUUCAGGUUUCGGGUCCCUAGGUUCUGGGGCUAUUCCCUUAUGGGGCUCUACUUCACCUUCACUGCUUUGAGCCUGUCAAUGGCAGUUCUUUCCAGAUGAAUUGGGUAUUUAUGUUCUCCGGCGAAAGCGGCCCGAGAACCUCAGUACUUGUUUCUGGUUUGGUGUUAUAUUAUGGCUUUCUGGCACAGCAAGAUCAAACGAUUAUGGCUAGCAAGCAUGAGAACAAUGUUCCAUAUAGCUCCAAAUGCCGACCAGCAAGGGAGUAAAGCAAAUUAACAAGCAAAUUCUUGCAAUGCUCAAGCACAAUAUCCUCUGAGCUAUCCAUGGAAACACAUGUAACAUGGAAGAGUAAGGGCAA